UAAAGCUGCACAAACCCUUAUUACACAGAACAAUGAUUUCGUCCGAGACUAAAUAACCGUUAUUCUUGGGUACGUAAACUCAAUCCUCGUGAUGUUGCUGACUGCAACAGUACAUCCCAUUGUUGAAGUUUAUUUGUAAUAUCUGGGAGAAAUAAAACUGUUCAGCAAUAAUUAAAUAUGUGAUCUGCCGUUGUCACGUGCUACCUGCUGCAAUUCAACCUAUUAUAAAACGCAGCACGGUUGAGAAGAUGAAGCAGAAAGGUGGCAAGGGGACACGUCGACAUGGCUUUACAUUUGAAACCUCUCCAUUCCAACCCAGACUUAAUCGAAGACACGAUCAGGCUUGUCAAGGAGGCGUGGCCUGAGUCGUUGGCUGAAAGGUUGAGGUUACUUGAAACGUCCCAUUGUAAGGGUGUACCUUGUUCCCUGGCCUUAGCGGAAUCGCGAGAGGGCGUCGCCGAGGAAGUCUUGGGCCACGUGCGAAUAGUAAGAGUGUCCCCGGAGAGCGAAAACCGUUUUUAUCUGGAGGCAGUAACAAUCAAGAAAUCUCGAAGGAAGGAAGGUUUGGGUAAAAAACUACAUGAGCUGAUCGCUGACUACGCUAAGAAGACCUUUGGGGCUCGAUACAUCCAUGUGUCAGUUUUGACUGAAGACAACGAAAGAUUCUACCGCCGUCUCAACUACAAUCAGUACCCGGUGUACGCACCUCAGAUUGCCCCAAACGUGCUACGAACGUACCGCUACGCCCGGUGGGAUGGAGCUAUUAUCCCAGAGGAAGUGAAAUACCUCUAUGAAGAUGGAGAGUACAGGAAACCAGACGAGCCUGGAAUCCAGUCGAUUCGUCGAUUUGUCAAGGACUUGGACUCAUAAUGUGAACGUUACAAAGCGCCUUCUUCUGUCCCUUACCAAUGAGUGAGAAACUACCACCACUCUGGUUUGUUUCAAUCUGCACAUUGGGCCGGUACCUAGCCCAGGUGGACUCCCUGAUCGUACUACGUUACGGAGGGAGUCCAGCAUAAAGGGUCUAAAAUUGGGGCGGGGGUUAUACCUAAAAUUUUCAACACUUUUCCUUUUUCCAAGAGCCAAUUUCACCGUCUGUAACUCCUAUGCGUCCUUAUCUCUACAGCUGGUUGGAUAACUAAUUCGACACAUCACCACCAAAGACAAAAACGGAAAAAUAAAGUCGGACGUAAAGUUAAUUCUUGCCAUUGUCGUGGGCUGUUUUCAGCCGUUCUCCAAUGCAGUUCAUACAGUGUGUGCGCGCAACUGUCCAAACUCGUCACUGCCAAUCACCAACUGAGUCUGCUCAUUCUUCUUAGUUUGCGAAUAAAAUAAGGAAAGGCCAAUCAACAGCACGACUUAUGCUGUGAUUAAUUACAUUGUACGUACCGCACGUGUGCGCGUCAGCACUGCUCUGCAUACUGUGUUCCCAAUCAGUAUAUACCGUCGCUCUUGCCUGUUCAUUACGAUCAUCACGUCCGCAAUGUAAUCCUCUUUUUUAUUCCUCAAUUAUCAAGAAAAGUU